AUGUUUUUAGCAUAUUAUGCGGUGUUAAAAGUAAUCCCAUCCAAAACCGGUGGUCUGUUAGUAUUUAUGUCCUCUCUCAUUAGCCUAGCUCUUUUAUCAAAAAUGCGAGCUUUAAAUACCCGGAUGUUGAUACGACAACAUUUUAUGACUCGAAAAGUAGUCAGUGAAUGGGUACUUAUUUGGGUAUACGGUAUGAUCUUUUUGAUUAUUAUUGGUAGUGCUACUCCACGGGCGACUUAUAUCUUAUAUGGUAGAUUAGCUACUAUCGUGUAUCUUACUAACGGAUUGGUUCUAUGCUUAUACUAA